AUGUCAGAGAAAAUCGAAAAAAAGCCAAUCAACUUCUCCAACAUCCUUCUUGGAGCCGGUCUCAACAUGGCCGAGGCCACCACGUUGGGCCAGCCUUUGGAGGUGGUGAAAACCACCAUGGCUGCUAACAGAAAACUCUCUCUUUUGCAGGCCACCAAGCUUGUUUGGUCCAGAGGUGGUGUCAAGGGCUUCUACCAGGGUUUGAUUCCUUGGGCCUGGAUUGAAGCCUCCACCAAGGGUGCCGUUUUGCUUUUUGUUUCUGCCGAGGCCGAGUACAGAUUCAGAACCUUGGGUCUCAACUCGUUCCUUUCUGGUAUGGGUGGAGGUGUCACUGGUGGUGUGGCCCAGGCGUACCUUACCAUGGGUUUCUGCACGUGUAUGAAGACUGUGGAAAUCACCAGAUCCAAGCAGGCUGCCGUGGCUGGUGCUCCUCAGCAGACCACUUUCCAGGUUUUCAGAGACAUCUUCAGAAAAGAGGGUAUCAGAGGUAUCAACAAGGGCGUGAAUGCUGUUGCCAUCAGACAAAUGACCAAUUGGGGUUCUCGUUUCGGUUUGUCCCGUUUGGCCGAGGAGGGUAUCCGUAGUGUUACCGGUAAGGGUAAGGACGACAAAUUGAAUGCUGUGGAGAAGAUCGCUGCUUCCACCUUGGGUGGUGGUUUGUCUGCCUGGAACCAGCCUAUCGAGGUUAUUCGUGUUGAGAUGCAAUCCAUGACCAACGACCCCAACAGACCCAAGAACUUGGGUGUUAUGAGUACCGCCAAGUACAUUUACCUGAACAACGGUAUCAAGGGCUUGUACAGAGGUGUGGCUCCACGUAUCGGUUUGGGUGUGUGGCAGACGGUGUUUAUGGUUGCCUUUGGUGAUAUCUUCAAGAAGAUGUUGAACGCUGACGGAGGCCACUAG